GCGUUCCAUACAACGAGGAAGGAUUGCAUUGCCCAUGAGCAUGCAAAGCCUCGCUAUUUGGGUUUCCCCACCAGCGCCUGAUGGUUCGAGACUCGAUGCUGAGCUUCCGGGUUGACAAGACCCUUAACACAGGAUUAUGUAAGCAAGCGGUUAACGUCGCUUUGCACUGGCCAGCCACUUAAGUCACCCCGCUCCUUUGUUCUCAUCCCUUUACGCGUUUUUUCUCUGGAAGAAGUCAUCACAUUACAGCUGUAUAUUCAGCUCUCCGGACGUCCCAUCGAUUCUCUGUAUCUUAGACGACUCAACUAUGCCUGUUUGCACUGCGGAGAACACCCAGGCCGUGGAUCAAUCGGGUUUCUGGGAUGAAAACGGGAUAGAUUGGGAUAGCCACCGGAUAGGAUGGGCCAUUGCUGGAGGGUGCUCUAUUCUAACUGUAAUUAUCUCAUUCGUUAGUGUAAUGAUGCACUGUCGGAAUUACAACAAUCCAGCAGAGCAGCGGCAGAUCAUCCGAAUUUUGUACAUGCCACCGGUUUACGCCAUCAUCUCAUUCUUUUCCUAUCGUUACUUCCGGGAUUACACUUAUUACUCUCUCAUCGAAGUUGUCUACGAGGCUGUCACGAUUAGCGCUUUCCUCCUACUCCUCAUCGAAUACGUAGCUUCCACAGCCGUAGGCCAUUCUGCUGAGAAUGCGAUUGCUCGUAAAGACAAAUCCCCCCUACCUCUGCCGUUCUGCUGCUGGAGGUAUAGACCGACAAAGGCAUACUUCAUGUAUACUGUCAAAUGGUCGGUCCUCCAGUAUGUCAUCGUGCGGCCUGCGGUCUCCAUCGCCGGAAUCAUCUGCGAAAAAUACAAAGUUCUAUGCGAAUCUGGCUCCUAUAACGUGCACUUCGCAAAAGUUUAUCUGGAUGCCAUAGACUUCGUCAGCAUCAGUGUUGCUUUGUAUGGGCUUAUCCUCUUCUACGGGCUCACGAAAGAGGAGCUGAAAGGUCGUCGUCCGCUGUCCAAAUUCUUGUCCAUCAAGUUGAUCGUGAUGUUCACGUUUUACCAAUCCUUCGUGUUCAGCGCCUUGGAGGGCCGCGUGAUUCACGGCACACAGUACUGGACUGCGACCAAUAUCUCCGACGGCCUUAAUGCCCUCGCCACGUGCAUAGAGAUGAUUUUCUUCGCGGCUUUCAUGAUGUGGGCAUACACGUGGAACGAGUACACCACCAAGGGUGGUGCUCACACUGGCAUUUUCAGGCCACUAUGGGACAGGUGCGCCGUGUAUACUAUGUGUCACAUCACAUCUAACUCAGAGUGCUGCAGUAUCAAUUAUAUUGACUUUGCGCGCGAGAUCCUUUCCUCGUUAUCGUUCUAUGCUACAACCGUGACCCAUCAACCGAGGAAUCGCUCACAUGGCCCAGAAAUCGAGGAGCCAAAACGCGAUUUUGGGCAGGCUUUUGGCGUGGAAGGGUAUCGAAUUACCCGUCGCAAGUCUCUCGGCGAGUAUGAUGACGCCAUCGGUCUUGCCCCGAGGACAACUGCGUUGCGUGGCUCGCACGGACGUGGGAGCAAUAACGGGAGCCCAGCUGGGAGUGCAGGCACGUUGUCUUACGAGGAGCCACACGCGGUUUGAGUGACGUGUUGGCCAUUGAUGGUUAGGGGUUAGUGGCUGCUCAGGCCUCAGGAGGGUGAGGGAUGUAUCUACUUACUUUGGUACGCGAGUCCGAGCAACUCGAUGGACUGACAUUCAGUUUGGUUCUGGGAACGCGAUGACUCUUCAUAUGCCUGCUUGUAUUAUUCUAUCUAUGAUACCCUCCUUGUGCCCUCCUUGUGCUCCAGGCCGAAGGCCACCGACCGACAUCUUCCACUGCCUCCUUCUGUCAAGCCAUUCCUGAUGCUGUGCUCUUUGGGUCCUCGGUGGCGAGCAUUUCUUGUAUAGCUUCGAAGGACGAUAUGGAGCGUGUCACGGUGGCUUGCUCCUACUCGUGUCCUCUGGUGCCUACAUGUAGACCCUGCAUGUAUCGAAGCUCGUGUAUGAUUUUGCCUAUUUAUACGCGUGCUAAUUUCAGCACCCGAUGUCUUAUU